UCAAUGUUGCAAACUCACUUAAUUUUAUUAUUAAGCUUUGCCCCAUGAAAUGUUUGUGAGAUGGAGCCAGCAGCUAAGAGACGGACUGAGAAAAGUUUCAACUACAUCAUCAGAGCUCCCAGCAGCGAGGGGUUCGACAUAAUGAACGUUGAUGUGAAGAUUGACACAUCCUGGAUAUUCCAGGACAUGGAAGAUAGUGCUGAGGAGCGGGAAUGUCUUCCGGAAGAAGCAUCUGGUCGCCCAGACGUGGAUACGGGGGCGAUCAGGAGGCAGCUAGAGUCCUCCGAACAGAAGCUGUUAGCGGCGGUGAACAAGUAUGUGACGUCGGAGUCCGGGCUGAGAAGCAGAAUUCGGGAGCUGGAGCUGUCAGAGAGGAAACUCCUCCAGAAGGUGGACCAGCUGAGUGCCUGCAUGGCCCAGGAGAGAAGCGCCUGGCUGGAGGCCCAGGAGAAGCUGGCGGUGCUGCAGGGGGAGCUGGCCAGCCAGGUCCGGGAGAAAGAGAGCUUGGCCAGGCGGCAGCGGUGGCGGCUGCGGCGGUUGCGGGAGCGGCUGCGGCGCAAGGACGAGGCGCUGGGGCAGCAGGCGGCGGCCCUGGAGCGCUGCCGGCGGACCGAGCGGCGCCAGCUGGGCCUGGUGCGCGAGCAGGAGCGCGUUCUGCGGGCGCAGGUGCAGAGGCUGGAGCGCGACGUGCGGCGCCUUUGCCGCGCCGCGGGCCUCCUGCUGGCCCAGUGGGACACAGCGGCCCCGGGUCCCCAGGGCUCCCUGGAGGCGGCUGCGGAGCUGCGCGUCCUGCAGGCGAGGGCCGAGCGCAGCGAGCGCGAGCGGGAGGAGGCGGCGCGCAGGCUGCGGGAGCAGCGAGCCACCGAGCGCCGGCUCCGCGGGCAGCUGGAGGAGCUGCGCUGCUGCAUCUACGGACUGAAGCUGUCGGAGAUCGGCCUGCAGGGCCAGGUGGAGGACCUCGCCCAGCAGAACCAGCGCCUGCGAGAGGAGCUGGGAGCCCAGGUCCCUGCUGGUCACUGCAACCUGGACGCCCUGGGCUGUGUUCAGGGUGACUCACUGCCCCUGCCCAGGGAGGAGGCCCUGGACCCCUGCAAAAGCCAAGGCUGGCGGAGCUCCCUGCAGUCCGAUGAUGUUCCUGGACAAAGGGCCUCAGCAGGCCAGUCCCCGGAGGGGUCCUGUGCCUGGAGCUGCUUUGGGCCUGGACAGGCCUCUUCUGUUUUGGCUCCAGGCCCGGAGGCCACAAGCGAGCUCCCGGGAGACCUGGCAGGAUUCGACCGUGAUCAGCUUACUCUGGCAGAGCCCAGCUUGGAUGGACAGAUUCUUCUCCUGGUCUGUGGCUACCCCUCAAGAGAAUGCUUACACGAGUCACUCCUCCCGAUGGACCUGGCCCGGAUUUCAGAGAAUCUAGCAGCCGACCCGACCCCAGAGGCCUUCCUCCUGGUGCAGACGUCUACACGCCCUCUCUGGGGGCCGGCGGGGGACUCAGCUUCUUGGCCACUCCAGAAGGUUCCCCUCGAUGGACUACAAACCCAAGAUGAGCUGGUCACCGUGUCCCCACCUCCUCCCAAAGCCACAGGACACCCUGGCUGGGAUUGUCACCAGGCAAGAGGCCAUGGUGCCUCCCUCUUCCAUGAGGCCCCCCACAUUUCAAAUCACCGAUUUCCCAAAAAAGACCCUAAGGAUCUGAAAGACACUUGGAACAACAGAGGAGGAAGCCUGGGGAGAAGAACCGAAGAGGGGGAGGCAAGGGGGCCUUUGGGCAGGAAGGGGAAAAACCUCAGUGACAAGCACCAGCCAAGUCAGGAAAGCCGUCAGAACCUGAGCUUGGAGAACCAGGCUGGAGCCACAGAGGGCGUGCAGGACUUCCAAGAACAAGGGGCUUCCAAGAACAAGGCCACCACCUGCUGCCCUGAGCCCUGGCAGGAGUUUCUGAUGCCUCUUCUACAGGGGGAGGCCUCAGCGUCAAAGGAGGGGCCCGAAUCCCUGAGCAGGAGGGGAAGAGUGGAAGGAUGUGUCUGGGGUCUCGGAGGAGGACUGUCAUCAGAGAAGGAAGAGGUGGCACCCCCAGCCACCUUCAGCAGCGCUCAUGAGACCAAAGAGCCGAGGCCAGCAGACAGUCAGCUCCUGGCAGGGAGAGGCAGAGGUCUCGGGAGGACAGCUAGGGGCAAGGAGGAAAGCCAGAUGUGGCUCGGAAAUGCUCAGAUUCUGCAAGGAGAAAGCCAGGAGGACGAAGGGCUAGAGGAGGAGGAUGAGGUACCGCAUCAAGAAGCGUCCAGUCCGGGGUGCAGGGGUGCCCCCGAGGAGCUUGACUCCCAGGGACAGGAGAGCAAGGAAAUGCUUUUCUUUAUGGAAGAGACAGGUUUACCGCUGUUUCCCAGAUUUGCCUUAUCAGCUGACGGGGGUGAACCCACUGGUCAUGGUCAACGGCAAGCUGUGAGCCAAGGACAGGACAGGUGUGCACUCACAAUCGAUGAGCUGGCACAGGAGGUGGAGGCUUGCUUCCAGCAGCUGUCCACACUGCAGCCGGGUGGUGGGGGCUGGCAGCACUCAGCCUCUGUGUGCGGGGGAGGGAGGAGCUUCGCUCGGAAGUGGCACAUUGGUGGGGAGCGCGCUUGCUCUCAGCAGGUUUGGGGAAACCAGGGUAUUUGUUCUGAUGAAGAAGCAAAAUCUAAAGAGAGUGGUGAAGGUGAUACGCUGGAAAAGACCACAGCCCUGGGCACCAGCAAAGUUCCUGGUGACCCAGGGACACCGCCUGACUGGGAUGAAGCCAGCCCGGACCCUCCAGGGGAGCCCGCUGAGCCCUCGGGUGCCCUCAAGAGAGUGAAGAGCAGGUUUCAUCAGCUCAUUUCUAGACUGAAGAAAGAGAGAAGCCAGAUUUUACAUGACAACGCCAAACUUCACGGAGACCAAGAGAGGUGCCAUAAAAGAGUGUGCGCCCUUGAAAGAGAGAGAGAGGUGACAAAAAUAUCCAGGCUGGAGCAGGAGAACCAGGUGCUGGGAGGGGACGUCUCUCAGUUAAAGAAAGAACUGGACCGAUAUUUACAAGUUAUCUCCGACCUGGAAGACUGCAACGGGAAGAGUUACAGCAAAAUUUUGGAGCUUGAAGAGGAAAAUGAAAAACUGAAAGGGAAUCUGGGCCAGCUCCAGAAGGCCAUGUCGGAGAGCAUUCGGAAAUCCAAAGGCACGGUGGAGCAAGUCACCCUGGAGAACCAGGAGCUCCGGGUGCUGAUCUCAGAGCUCGGCGUCAAUUACAAAGAGCUGAUCAAGGAUGUGGUGCUGGGCAUAGAAGACAUGAUCUGGGCCUUCAGGGGGCAGAACGAGCACCUUCUACGCAGGGUCGACGUCCUGGAGAGGGACGUCACCUUGCAGAGGAGCACGGAUCAGGGGCAUUCGAUGAGGGGAAGGCAGCACCUCCAGGGAAAAGCCAGGAUGCAUGCUGUGGACAAAGAGGUGCAGGUGACUCCAUGCACAGGGCAGCUGCUUCCAAGAGCCUGUGGGCCACCCUUGGAGAACGCAACGAGGCUGGCUGCAGGGCAGGCAGGACCUUCCACAGGUGCUGGGAAUUCCAGAUGCAGUGCUGAUUCCCCUCCUCCAUCACUGGUCUGGAACAACGCUGACGUAGUCAACACCCUACAAGGAAAUGUCGGUGGAGCCGGAGUGAAAGAAGCACGUUUGGAGAAAGAGAAGAGGCUCUGGUGUUCUGUGGCUCAGGGGCAAGCUCUGAGGUCCCAGAGCAACGGCCCAGAGCUCCAGGACUCAGAGGCUGAGGGUACUGAGGAGGGUCACAGGCUGCGUGCCCGGCAGCUCCAUCACCGGGUACUGACCUUACAGUGCCAGCUCAGGGACCUGGGCGCCACCCACCAGGCAUCUCGGGACGAGGCCACCCGUCUCCAGGAGGAGCUCCAGGCCAAGCUUGAAGAACUUCAGAGAAAACAACACGAAGCACAGUUGGCGGUGACUCCCCUGAAGGCCAAGGUAGCUUCCCUGGUCCAUAAGUGCCGGGAGAGGAACUGCCUGAUCACCCGCCUGCUGCAGGAGCUGCACAGACACGGGCCGGUGGACCUUCUGCUCUCUGAGCUGGCACAGAACAUGCUCGGUGACGUGGCACUGGCUGAGUACGUGGCCGCCUUCCUGGAUCCCGGCGUCCCAGAGACGAGCCACCGCCUGGACGUCAAGUCUGAGACGACAGCAGCUCUAAGAGCUCAGACAUACAUCUUGAAUCCUGAAAUGGACAGUGUCCACCAAAGCCCGUUGUCUUCAGAGUCCUGGCCUGUUCCCGAGCCCAAGUGGCCAGCACAGACAGCCCAACUGGAUUCUCAGAAGCUCCUUAUGUCCUCGGGGUCCACGCUUGAUCCUGGAACGUGCCAGGCCACGGUCACCGAGGAAUCAGGACUCCCCGCACAACGUCUGCAAGAAAAAGGGGGAAUGCCCCGUCCCGCCCUCCACGCCGAUAACGCCCCAGCACCUUCCGAGCUCCUGAGCCCAGCGAGGAUCCUGGCUUUUCACCAAGAGCUUAGACAAAGCAUUUGCAGCAAUUCCCAGGUCCAUAAAUCACCACUGGAGUUCUAACUGUAAUAGGACCACUCGUUCUCCGGAGCCAUUUCAUAGACUCCAUAAAUAUUUGAAGCAGAACCUUCAGAGAGUGCUUUACGAAAUUGGUAGCAAUCAAAGCCCUCAUUUAGUGGCAAGUGGUUUUGCCUUCGGCUUAGGCAUUUGUGUUCGUUGUCAGAGCUUGAGAGCAAUGCUGGCCGGUGCCUGGCACAUUCUGAGGAGCUCGGCUGAGGCAACGUCAAGGCAGCGUAGGAAAUACUUACUGCACCAAAACCUAUCGAAUGAUUGGUCUGGAGGUUCUCAGCUGGGUGCAGUUUUACUCCCCCAGGGAAAAUCUGGCCUUGUCUGGAGACACUUUUGGUUGUCACAGCUGAGACACUGCUACUGACAUCUGGUGGGCAGAGGCCAGGGAAGCUACCAAACAUCCUACAACACCCCAGCCAGCCUCCUAUGGCAAAGAAAGACAGUUCCAGUGCCGCCAAUGCUGGAAUGGCGAGCCCGGGACGGAUCUCACAGCUGCGAACACGAUCAGCCACGGAGAAUUGUUUUGUUAUUUUUCUGCCCCCAGGGGUCCCUCCCGUGUUCUAAGGGAUUUUUUGUCUAUUAAGUGAAGCACCUAACUUAUUAGACAUUUUACAUUUAAAAACGUUAAAACUGACCAGAACUUUCUAGUCAGUCCAUUCACUCCAAAAACAUCUGUUGAUACCCACUCUGUGCCAGGCAGUGGGCAUGAAGGAGGAAGAGACGCGUUGGUGUUGAUCCCGGCACCAGGGACCUCACAGGACAGUGGGAGAGACUCCUGUGAGUAAAUCCGCAUGCACGCAAGUGUCACCCAUGCCCUGAGGGACAGGAUGAAGGAAAGGGCAGUGCUACGUGGCUUGGAAGUCAGCCACAAAGGAAUGGCUGGGCAGCGUCCUGUGGGUGAGGUGGGAAGGGCGAGGCUGGAAGAGGGAACGCAUGUGCAAAGGCCCUGAGACAUAAAACUGAACUCUGGAUAUGCCCCUUGGAGGGGGAGUGGGCAAAGCGUACUCUUAUCAAGCCAGCUGCAAGCAGUCACUGCCUCGUUCCCAUCCAGCACCCCUUCCUUCCCCCGAGAACAGAGACUCAGGCGGGUGACCCAGGAGAAGAGCGCUUCCCUCCUGAGGGCAGCCCCCCAAUAACGGAGUCCAGGGGGCUUGAACCACAGGCACCAGACCCUGACCCAGGCUCACCCACAGAGCUGUCACCUCUCUCUUUGGGAAGGGGCUGAGGAGGGUCUUGAGGGAAACGUCAGUGCUACCCGUCCAAUUCUGUCCCCUCCUGGAGUGGCUGUCCCUUCAUGGAAGGACAAACAAAGACAAGGACAAGGAGCCAUGGGCUCCCCGGGAAGGGUCAAAGUGCACACAAUGAUUUUACAUAGUUUAGCAUUUUGCUUUGAAAUGAAAAUUACACAGAGUUCCCAUCGGUUCUUCCCCGGGCUUCCCUUGAUGUCAGCAUCUCGUGUGACUCACAAUUAUAGAAACUAGUGGGUUUUAUUUUGAGGAAAAUUGGGGAGCUGUUGAGACAUAAGAAGAGCAGCCUCAGCAUAUGGAGUUCACCCUUUAAAUUAGCUGAUGGGGUUUUCUGAUGGUUUAGCACAUUCAUCCAUUUAUUCCUGGAUUGAUUUACCCACAGAUCCGUCUAUUUAUUCAAUCUGCAUUUAGCGACGGCCGUGUAUGUCUGGCUAGAUGCUGCUGGUCAACAAGUAAAGAUGAUGCGGUCCACCUAGGUUUUCAGGGACCCCCCCUGGAGACCCCGCGGCCCCGUUACCACCCCUCAGGGAGUCCCCAGACUGGAAACCACUGCGGUGAUCCCUCUGCCGGUUGGACCAGCCCUGCACCUCGCUGUAAUUUCCAAGCCAGAAGCAACCUGCAGCGCUGGUUUACUGAUCUGCCUUCUGCCUCCCUCUGUAUUUUGAGACAACAUCAUUAGCUUUGAGCAUCAGGAACAUGAUGGAGAGAGGACAGAAAGCCGGUGCAGUCGAGGACAGCCAGCUGAGCCCUUGCUGAGUCGGCGAGAUGCCGCGUGGUGCCACCACACUUGGUCUCCAGGACUGCCAGGAGCUCAGGCGUUGGGCAUCUUGUCACUUCAUGCACCCCCCGUGCACUCAUGUGCUGGGCCUGGGCAAAAAGGCAACCCAGGAAAUCCAUUAAAGCAAGCCAAGACGAUCUUUACAGCUUAACCCGACGAUUCCCUAAUAAAUCAUGUU